AUGCCCUAUGUAGUCUUUUCCGUUGAAAACGCGGAUCGACUGAUCCUUAUGCAGCCCCCACUCGUCCCCAAGGGUUUCCCGACGUUUAAGCAAAUCGCUCUUAGUUAUAUCCACGCCCCCAAGCAGUCUAGGCGCACGCUAUCUGGGGGUUUUAGCCCCGAGGAGCCGUGUGCGCGCGACGCCGCUGAGCUGAUUCGCGUCGCCUUUAUAGGCAAACAAGUCAAAUUUGAGGAGGACUACGUCAUCGAGGAGCUCAAACGCAACGCCGGUCGCCUUCAACUUCUCACCGGGGAGGAUGCCUCGGUGAUGCUCUUGGAGGCGGGACUCGCGGAAGUCUCGGAGAAUCUUCCUCAGAAAAUGAAAAAGCCGCUCAAUGAUCAAUACAUGGACUUGAUGAAGGCUGCCAAAAAAGCCCAAAAGGGGAUAUUUCAUCCUAAAGCUGCGUCCCGUGUGCGGCAGAUGCGAGAGAUGACUGUCAGCGAGCUCACGAAACUCGUGCAGGUCUAUAACGGCAAGGAGCUAUUAGUGCGCAUUGAACGCGCGAUUUCGGCCCUUGUUUUAAUCAUUUCUUCCACGGAGUUUGGUGACACUCAGAUUCCGGUUCAUCUAGCCGGCAUUUACGAUAUUUUAACCGAGGACAACGAGGUCGGGAUGCAGGCGAAGCUCCACACGGAGUGCUUUCUUCUGAACCGGAAUGUUAAUAUCCGCUUCGACGGCACGGAUGAUCGCGGGAAUAUCUUGGUUUCCAUCAUCUCCCGAAAAGGCAGCUUUCAAGAGGAGCUCCUCUCCAAAGGCCUUGCCAAGGUCGAUGGCAGGGAUCCGUCGGUACCCGUGCAGCAUGACAAGCUGGUGAAGGCCGAGGCCGAGGCCAAACGACAACGGCUCGGGAUUUGGAAGAAUUUUGUGGAGAAUGCCGCCAAGGAUGCAGAGGUACCAGACGGCGGUUAUAAAAUAUCGGCCGGGCCUCCAAAGACGGCGAAAAAUGAGCUUCUCGUCGUGGGCGCGAACGGUGCGUCGGGGGUUGCCUACAACGGCCCGGUGAACUUCACCGGCCGACUUAUUCAAGUAGUGCAAGGCGACACCAUUGUCGUGCGGGAGGAGGAUACGAAGCGGUAUACGCGGCUAACCCUCAGCGGCAUCCGCUCGAGUAAGAAUAUCGUGCGGGAUCAAAACGGAGGCUCGCCGGAGUGCCGGGUGAGCUAUUACGAAUACGCCUGGGAGGCGAAGGAGUUUCUGCGCACCCGUUUUCUCGGCGCGAGGGUGGUGGUGAGCGUGGACUACGCGCGGGUGAUCCCUGAGACGAAUGAGGUGCGCCCCGCCGCGUCCGUGACGGUCCUGGAUUCGGGCGUUAAUAUCGGUGCCGCCUUGCUGGAGGAGGGCUACGCGGUUUAUUUCCUGGGAAGGAGCGAUGUCUGCAUGAACGCGAGCCUUUUACAGGCCGCGGAGCAGGAAGCCAAGGCGCGCAAGAGGGGCCUCCAUGGUGAUCAGCCCCGCCCGACGACCAUACUGACGGAGCUCGGCCGGAUCGGGGAGAGCAAAGGACGCUAUUACCUCAGCUUCUUCCAGCGCGGGAUGCAGGGAGGGCGUCCGCCCACACUCAAGGGUGUUGUGGACCUCGUGCUCGGCCCCGCCUUCUUCCGCGUGUUCAUCCCGAAGGAGAACUUCCAAAUCCCCUUGAAGCUCGCCGGCGUGAUUGCCCCGAGCGCCGCCCUUCGAUCUAACAUGAAGGAUGACCCCUUCGCCGAGGAGGCCAAGGAUUUCGUGACCUGCCUUAUCCAGCAGCGCGAGGUGAAUCUCCAGGUUUACACCUCCGAUCGUGGUGGAAACUUUAUCGCGAGUGUGAUGCUGCCGAACGGCACUAAUGUAUCUUUGGCGUUGGUCGAAGAGGGGCUCGCGACGGUUGGCAAUGCAGACGGUCUCCCUUUUGUGGAUAAACUAUUCGCCGCGGAGGAGGAUGCGCGGAGCGCGAAGAAGAACAUCUGGUCUGGGGAUGGAAGUAUUCCCCAGCGUGCUGCCAAGGUCGAGGCCGAACAGCGUGCCGCAAUCUCAACGCAGCUUGUGCUCUUGACAAACAAUUCAUCCAGCUCAACCAACUAUACCAUCUCCGAGGUCAGUGAAGACGGUCUUUCCGUGUAUCUGCAAGAAUACGGUCUCGAGACGGACGAGAAAAAGGCUCAAAUUCAGGAUCUCAUCAACCGCACGGUGUCCGCCAGCGUGUAUCUGCCGAAGAAAAAAGGUGAACUUCUGGUGGCGGAAUACAAACCCGAGAAGCUCUGGUGCCGUGCGAGUGUCGUAAAGAUUCUGAAGAACAAAGAUGCCGCUGAGGUCCAUUACAUUGACUUUGGCAACACCUGCCUCGUUUCCACCAAGCACAUUCGCUCUAUUCCAGACCUUCAUGAGUAUGAUAUCGUGCGAAAGACGCCGCCUUUCGCCAAACUUGUCUAUCUGGCAUUCCUUAAGAAGGAAAUACCUACCACUAUCGCUAUCAGAGGAGCGGCUGAUAUUAUUUAUGAAUACAGCGACCGAGACAUCAAGGCGCAUCCCAUGUACAAGGAUUGUGAUGGCAGCGCUUACUACAUGAUCACGGUAAGCAAUAAUCAGAAGUCACUUAGUGAGAUCCUUCUCCAACAUGGCUAUGCUAUUUUGGACAAGCGCACCGCUUCUCUGUUUCCGUCAGAGUAUAAGCGGCACGAAGCAGCGCAAGAAACUGCGCGUAAGGAGCACAAGGCUCUGUGGCAAUAUGGUGAUAUAAACGACGAUGACGAUUUUCAUUAA